AUGCCCAUCCCCAUCAUCACAACAGCAAUAACAGAAGGCACAAACUCCAUCCCACACCUAUGGAGCAUACUAAAACUCCUCCCCUGGGCGGUGCUCCUCGCGGCCCUGAAAUAUUAUUUCGGGGGUGCUAGAAAUACCUCUGAGCGGUUGAUGCAUUCGAAAGUCGUUAUGAUUACUGGCGGCACAUCCGGCAUCGGCGCCCAAGUAACCUCCGCGCUCGCCUCACGCGGCGCCCAAAUCAUCCUCCUAACGCAACAUCCACCAACCGACAUCUUCCUCUCCGAAUACAUCGAGGACCUCCGACGGAGCACCAACAACCAACUAAUCUACGCAGAACAAGUCGAUCUCUCCUCCUUACACUCCAUCCGCACCUUCGCCACGAAAUGGAUCGAUAAUGUGCCCCCGCGACGCCUGGACAUGGUGAUUCUCUGCGGAAAUGCAGCGCCGCCCGUAUCCCAGAAACGGAAGCUGACCGUGGACGGCAUCGACGAGGAGUGGAUGGUGAAUUACCUGGCGAAUUUCCAUCUGCUGAGUAUACUUUCGCCGGCGUUGAGGGCGCAGCCGGCGCAUCGGGAUGUGAGGGUUGUGUUUACCACGUGUUCGAGUUAUAUUGGCGCGAAGUGGGAUUUGAGGAAGGUGGAGGAGGCUGCUGCUGUUACUGCUGCGCAGGGGGAUAAUGGGGGUAGUGGGGGUAAUGGGGAUGGGAGGAGGGUAGUGAUGAAGAACGGGAAGUUACAACGGGAAAAGGCCAAGCCCAAGGCUAAAAAGGCGGCUAAAGGGGUCAGUUUAUACGGACUCAGCAAGCUCUCGCUGAUGGUGUUUGCGCAAUCGUUCCAGAAACAUCUCAAUGCGUUUAAGAGGCCGGAUAACCAGCCGUGCAGUGCGCGGGUGAUUAUGGUGGAUCCGGGGUUUAGUCGGACGCCUGGGAUGAGGAGGUGGAUGACCGGGGGAUCGUUGUGGGGACUGUUGUUGUAUUUGGUGACGUGGCCGGUGUGGUGGUUGGUGUUGAAGUCGCCGCAGCAGGGGGCGCAGAGUGUGUUGUAUGCGGCGAUGGAGGCGGAGUAUGGACGUGGGGAAGGGGGGUGGAUGAUUAAGGAGUGUAAGGAGGUGGAUUUGGCGAGGAAGGAGAUCAAGGAUGAGGAGGCCGGGAAGAUGUUGUGGGAGUUUAGUGAGAAGUUGAUUGAGGUUAAGGAGAGGGAGUCGGCGGUGCGGAGGGCGUUGGCGAAUAAGGAGAAGGAGGUGGCAGAGCAGAUGGAGAAGAAUAAGGCGUCUGGAUCUGGGACGAAGGAACAGACGCCCGGGUCGAGGAGGAGUCGGAAGGGGAAAUAG